ACCACCAUGAGACCGGUUGCCUUCCGUUGGCUCAGUGUAGGCCAGGCCCGUUGUACACGUUGUCUUGUACGCUCGUACGCAUCUGCACCUGCAGCAGCCAACGUCGCGGCAGCAUCGCCUCGUGACGUAUCGCACAAAUUUCAAACAACCUUCAAUGAUCAAGCAUUCGUCAAGACUGAAGCGGGAAACGGCGGCAAUGGCUGUGUCUCCUUUCUAAGAGAAAAGUAUCUUCCCAAAGGUCCACCAAAUGGCGGAUCUGGCGGACCUGGUGGAGAUGUCUACAUCAUGGCUGUUGACGGCGAAACAAGCCUCAAUGUGCCCACACGUGUGAAGGCCGUGCAAGGCAUGCAUGGCCGUGGCUCAAGUAUGAAUGGACGCAAAGGUGACGAUGUUGUCAUCAAAGUCCCCGUUGGUACGAUUGUCAGGGAGCUGGAACUGCCUGCACAUGAGCUACGCAUGCGUGCUGCGAAUGCAGAAAAUGAUUUGCUAUCAGGCUCACAUGACUCAAAAGGUCCAUGGGUCCAUUAUCCUCGCUAUGAAGAAGACAACCUCGGCAGUGAUCGCUUGCAGGAGGCAGAAAAGAUUCUCAAGAGGGCGACGCUGAGCUUGACACCACGCGAGAUGCGUCCGCGUAAAGGCAAGCUUCGUCAUCUACCUGUACCGAAGUUGUUCUUCGAUCUCGACAAGCCGACACCACUCAACAAUCCGAUUCUGCUAUGUCGUGGUGGCCUAGGUGGCUUCGGGAAUACAUUCUUCUUGACUGCAGACAAUCGUGCGCCGCGCUUUGCGUCAAGAGGCUUGCCGGGACAAGAGCGCUACUUUGAGCUUGAAUUGCGAACACUUGCAGAUGUCGGCCUCGUUGGGCUUCCUAAUGCAGGUAAAUCGACCUUCCUCUCAGCCAUCUCCAAUGCUAGACCGCGCGUCGCUGCAUGGGCAUUCACAACGCUCUCGCCACAUCUUGGUACCUUGAGUUUCCCUUCAGGCGAUCGAUUCACUGUUGCGGACAUUCCUGGUAUCAUCUCUGGUGCCUCUCAAAACCGUGGCCUGGGGCAUGGCUUUUUACGACAUAUUGAACGUGCGAGUGUCCUCGCCUUUGUGAUUGAUCUCGCUGGUGCCGAUCCGGCGGGUGAUUUUCGUACCUUGCGCUCAGAGCUGGCAGCAUAUCGCGAAGGCUUGGACUGUCGAACAUGUUUGGUGAUUGCCAACAAGGCAGAUAUUUCAGGAACAGAAGGGUCAUUGAAGGCACUGAAGGAAGCAGUGGCAGAGGCCUGGCAAAGCGCACAAGCAAAAGGCAUCGACCAGCCUAUGCCCCUCGUCGUGCCUCUCAGUUCGAAGGAUCAGAUGGGCGUGCAACAAGCGAUCGAUUUGAUGAAGACGCUUGUGGACCGGGCUAGAGCUGAAAAGAACCAGGAUGGAGAGCCAGAGGAAGAUGCGAUUCCGGUGCUUGAAGGCUAGUUGUUUAUAUGCUGAUGCUGAAUUACGUACUAAACGCUGAUGGGUAAGGUGGACACGACCUCUCUGAGCAACAUGGUUGCGUACGCUGCCGUUUCGAGUUGAAACUCGAGCUUCACUGCAGUCUUGCUGCCAUCCGUUGGCAGCGUGAUCGUUCGCCCCUCUAGCUCAUCAAGAUUUGUCGCGGCGAUUUGCUGAUCCUCAUCCUCGUACUGCAACACUUCCCAA